AUGUAUUUCGGCAAAGUCUUUGCGGCUCUUGCAGUCUUUACUACGGUUGGCUUAGGGUAUCCCGUUGGUAAGCCAUCAUUAACAACUCCAUAUCACAAGGAGAAAGCAAAAGCUAAUACAUAGGCUCGUAGCAUUAGAAGCAGACGAUGCCAUCGGAAACACCUGGUCAGAAAGCAUCUCAAAUCGUGAAGCAGAUGAGAACAUUGGGAACACUUGGUCAAACAGUGUAUCCAAUGCCGACGAAAGCUUUGGGGGCAUCGUGACAGAGAGUAUAUCCUACGCCCAGCGCAGCGCCGAAGCAGAUGAAAAUAUCGGGAACACAUGGAGUAAUAGUGUUUCAAAUGCUGCGGAUGAGAAUAUUGGGAAUACUUGGUCAGAAAGUAUCGCGAAUAACUGAGUGGUGUUUGGGGGUUCGAAGCAUUUCCCAAACUGCAGAAUUUAUCUUGAGGAUGUAAUUUUGGGGCUUGAAGGUAUCGGGACAGAGAUACUGGAUGUUGGAGGAUGGGAAGAAUGUUAGAUGCUUUGGGAUUUCGUGCAUGGAGCUAACAAUUUCUUCCCCAUUCCCUUUCUCUCGAAUAGGGAGUUGUAUACAGACUACAGUAUGCGGCGAUUGUGCUGAUCCAACCUGUUCAAGAAACAUACAUGUAUGGAUGGUUUUUUUGGAAGCCAAAAUAGAAGGUUGGUAGGUAGUUAGACUACUCGUACUUCAAAAAGGACUCGGUAGUUCAACCUCGAGUUUUACAUUACCUUGUAUUUGGAGAAACAACGGUAUAUCAAUCGGU